CAAUUGUAAGUAUUAGGUAUCGUCAUCCUUAAAAAUGACAAUGGGCCAUUUGCUUCGUUCUUUGAUCAUCGUCGGCUUGGCUAUUCAGCUUUGCGAUGGAACAUGCUACUGGAGUAAACCAAGACAAAAAAAAAUAUCAAUCAGCUUAUCUUCAACUAGUAGUUCUUCGACUACUGUUGGAACUUCAUCGAAAUUCAAUGUUUUAAAUUCAAAAGCUAAACUUGAAGAUCUUGAAAAAGGUCUUAAAAAAAUUAGCACCAACUCGGAAGAAGACAGCAGUGAGUACAAUGAUGAAAGUUGUGAAGACUUAGAUUACAGGGAUAGCCAAUCAACACGGAAAUUACAAACAUUUGUACAUAGCCGUGCUCUUUCUAAAAAGAUGAAAAAAACACUAAAAAAGUCGGCUAAAAAGAUCUUAAGGAAAAAGAUUGUUCCUUUAAUCGCGAACAAAAUUAUUGGUUCUGCCAUGUCCAGAUCUACUAGUAAUAACUUUCAAAAAUCUAUACAGCAAAGUAGAAGCUCAACAAUUACGUCAAGCACAAACACUAUGGGUAUCAAUGGAAACAUGCUUAUAACAAUACCAUCAGGAUAUGUGGCAAGCACACAGACAACAGCAACAACUAGGUUAUUAACUAUAGAAGAAGCUAUUCGUAUGGGACUGUUGAGUGACACAUUAUUUAGUGGAAGCCAAACGUAUUCGUCUUAUCAAAAUGGUGAACAAUUUAGUUCAACGGGAAGCAAUGUUAGUAAGUCUGCCGAUAGUGAGAUGACCCAAUUAGACAACAACAGAAAUGGAUAUUAUUUAAACAGUAAUACAAGGAAUAUUGCUAAGUCAGACGGUUUAAUAAGUACAAAUGGAAAUUCGCAACAUUUUAGUAAAUAUACAACAUUGCGUAAUAAUAUGAACAAUAAUAUGUAUCAUACAAAUUAUAAACAAAAUCUGGGUAGGUUGUAUAAUUUAAAAAGAACUAAUUUGUUGCAACAUAAAAUUAAUCAACUUAAAAAAUCAAACUAUGGUGAAGAUAAUUUAAGUAAUGAUGAUACUCAAAAUAACCUACAAAUUGGUGUCACAAAUAGUUAUAGAAAUGUUAAAAAUUCUGGACGAUUUAAUCAACUAACAUCAAAUAAUAAUAAUCAAAUAAAUAAGAGUGUUAAUAAUUAUCAAAUUAAUCACCUACGCAGUAAUACAAUUAAUUCAAGACAUAUUCAAAAUAGUAGCACUAAAAUCAAUACUAUAAAAUCUAAUAAACUCAAUUGUAAUAAAUCAGAUAAAUCAAAAUCUUCUGAUGACUCAAAUAGUGACGAAAAUAAUAAGUCAAACUCAAUUAUUAAACAAAUCGUAGAGAAUAAAGACGAUCAAAAUAAUAAAACUGAUGAUAAUGACGAUGACAAUGAUAAAUCUGAGGAUAAAGACGACGAAAAUGAUAAAACUAAGGAUAAAGACGAUAAAAAUGAUAAAACUGAGGAUGAAGACGAUAAAAAUGAUAAAACUGAGGACAAAAACGAUAAAAAUGAUAAAACUGAGGACAAAGACGAUGAAAAUGAUAAAACUGACGAUAACGACGAUGAAAAUGAUGACAGUGAAGAACAAGAUGAAGACGAAGUGUCGGUGUAUGAAUAUUUGAAUACAUUCCAGAAGUUCAGAUUUGAUAAUGGUUUAAAUUCUGUUGGUAUAAUAGGAGAAGUCUUAAGUCAAUUGGAUUAUCAACGUUACAAACUAAUGGAUGAUAGUAUAUAUCCCCAAGAUUCCACACGUUAUGUCAUAAACGAUGAAGAGUUCGAUUUCAUCAUAGUCGGUGGUGGUAAUGCUGGAUGUGUUCUAGCAAACAAACUAUCUGAAAAUAUCAAAUGGAAAGUAUUAUUAAUUGAAGCAGGUGGAGACCCCUUCCCUAUAACUCAAGUUCCUAGUUUAUGGGACAGGUCACUAAAUAGUGUUGCAGACUGGCAGUAAAAAAUACAACCUGAUAGUACAACCGGAUUUGGUAUUGAAGGUAACAUGAAAAUACAUAAAGGAAAAUGCUUAGGAGGAAGCAGCACCACGAGUGCUCAACUUUAUGUCAGAGGAAGUGAACAACUAUAUAACACACUUGUUAAAAAAGGUUUAAAGAAUUGGUCUUAUAAUACAACGGAGACUUACUUCAAAAAGGUCGAAAGAAUUCGCUCAGUUACAAAAACCGAAACUAACACUACUAUUUAUGGAAAAUGUGGACUUAUCCCUGUAAGCAAAUUCCGAAAAACUGAAGUGAGCGUUUUAGAAAAAAUUGUAUGUUCUGGUUUUGAACAUAUCGGUUGUAAAAAAGAAAGUGACAUCAACGAAAAAGACAUUGAAGUUGGAUUUGUAUCAAUGCAAGGAAUAAUAAAGAACGGUAGGUCUGUUAACACUGCUAAGGCAUAUCUAAGCCCAAUUUUCGGUCGUGAAAACUUAAAAGUUAUGAAAUAUUCUAGAGUUACAAAAAUUAUAGUUAACAAAACAGAAAUGAAGGCGACCGGAGUUGAAGUACAGACGAAAUUCGGUCAAACUCUAACACUGAAAGCUAAAUUAGAAGUUUUACUUUGUGCUGGGGCUGUUGGUUCUGCUCAGAUAUUGUUGGCCUCGGGUAUUGGGCCUAAAAAGCAUUUGUCCGAAAUGGAAGUCCCAGUAGUCAAAGACCUAAAAGUAGGUGAGAAUUUCCUAAUUACUCCAGUGUUUACUGGUUUUGUUAUGUCCUACGACAAAUCAGUUGUUUGCAACCAGACAGAAGAAGAAAUUGCAUUCAAAUACUUAGCAAGACAUUCAGGGCCUUUAAGCAGACCAAACGGUAUGAGCUUUGGUGGAUUUUUAAACACUGGUAUGUCUGGAUCUUCAUUCGCUGAUAUUGAAGUUCAUCAAUUUUACAUUCCUAAAAAUUCUUAUUCAAAAUUAUGCCAACUAAAAUCAAUGUUUGGAUUUAGUGAUAAUUCGUUAUCGGUGUAUGCUAAAUUGAAUUACGAACGUGCUAUUUCUAUCUUUACAAUAGCUUUGAUAAACACGAAAAGUACCAGCAAAAUUCUUUUAAGAAGUAAGAACCCAUUAGACAGUCCGAUUAUUGUUGGCAAUAUGUUGACGGAGAAGCAUGAUGUUAAAAGUUUCAUCGAAGCCAUCAAAUUACUCUCCAAAAUUGAGAAAUCUGAUGGAAUGAAGUUAGUAAACGCGAAAUUGGAAGAUAUUGAUCUCGACGGAUGUGCAAAAUACACCAAAAAGACCAAUGAACACUGGGAGUGCUUAUUGAAAUAUAUGGUAUCUACAACGUCCAGUACUGCUGGAUCGUGUCGUAUGGGAUUAGAAACUGACAAAGAUGCUGUUGUUGACAGUGAACUGAAUGUGAUUGGUAUUUCUAAUUUGCGAGCAGUGGGUCGAUCUGUUUUGCCAUUGAUUACUAGUGCUUACAGUCAUGUGCCUUGUAUCAUGGUCGCUGAAAGGGCAUAUGGUAUGAUAAAAAGUAAAUACAACUAAGAUCCAAACUACUCAAUUGAAUAUUAUUUAGAAUUUAAGACACUGUGUUAGCAUUAUUACGAUAUCAUUAAAAAUAAGAAGGAAUCAAGUUCUCUAAAAGAAAUAAAAUACUUAGCACAUUAAA